GGGGCUGCAGUGUGUGUGUGUGCUUGGAGGAGGCGAAAUCGCAGCUCUUAGUGGGACAGUGCCUGGGGUUCCUCCUGCUAUAUUUUUGUCACAUUAUUUUAAUCACACCCCUCACUUUUCUAAUUACCUUCUAGCAAUUACUGGUGCUGAGAAAUUAGGCAGAUUAUACUUUGCCCUUCAGUUUGAUUUGUUUCUGAGAGCACUCAUUCCCCUAGGAAGACAAGGAAGAUCUUUUCCUAAUCCACUGACCUUUUAAGGAUUCAGUGUGACUAACAUUGCUCUACCAGGGUGUGUAUCACUGUGCUCAGUACAGACGUUUGAAGGCUUGCCGUACACUAAGAAACGCUGAACAAGUGCUCUGCAGGUCCUGAGUUGUGUAGACUCAGGAGUGCAAAGGCUUCCUUCAUGCAGCACAAGAGCGUGAGGCUGUUAGUCAGAAGUGCCACGUAGGGUAGUGGUGCUGACCGGUUAAUCUUUGGCAAACCAAAUGAGGGCACUUAUUCUUUGUGUUGAAUUUCCUAGAUAAAUAUUUCUGAAUGCACAUAGGUUCCAGUUUUGUGAAACACAGUAGUAGUCAUAGUUUGGAAUAGUUUUCAGUAAAUCUUUGCAGAAGGAUGUCCCGUGUUCUAACGAUUGUGGAUAGAUUCACUAUUAGGGUUUUUCAUGUCCCUGGAUCUGCCCGGAAGCUUCUAUUAAUAUAGCGGACUGUUCUUGGCUUUACAUGGUACCUGGGCUGAUUGGUCAGGGAGACCCUGGAGGAGCUGACAGUUAUGGGCCACCUCAUACAAAUGCACGUCUAGUUGAGGGUUUGCGUCUCAGUUUAAGGGGUUCACAAACUUACUGAAGUGGGCGGGUCCCUUUGAUCUCGGAAUCUCAGUUCACACUCGAGCUUUGACCUCAUUUUCUUUUUUUUUUUUUUUUUUUUGGUUCUUUUUUUUUCGGAGCUGGGGACCGAACCCAGGGCCUUGAGCUUCCUAGCACGUGUACACGCAACAGGAAGUGCGGGAACUUCUUGGCCGCCUGGAUCUGGGAAACAGAACAAAGCUGAGCCAGAAAGGAUCCUCCGGGUUGUUUCGAGCCGUCUCCGCGUUUGGUGUCGUAGGUCCAAGUAACAGACCCAACUUUAGUCCCAUCAAAACUCCCCUGAAGAGCCGCUGUGUUUACUGAGCCUACAGGACCUAGUGGCAGGUUUUGUCAGGUUCUUAGAAGGCUACUAUAUCGUAUUAAUAACUAAGCGGAGGAAGAUGGCGGAUAUCGGAGGCCAUGCAAUAUAUAAGAUUGAAGAUACAAGUAUGAUUUAUAUCCCCAAUGACUCUGUUCGGAUUACUCACCCCGACGAAGCUAGGUACCUAAGGAUAUUCCAAAAUGUGGAUCUGUCCAGCAAUUUUUACUUUAGUUACAGCUAUGAUCUGUCCCACUCCCUUCAGUACAAUCUUACCGUCCUGCGAAUGCCCCUGGAGAUGUUAAAGUCGGAAACAUCCAAGACCUGCCAGGAGAGCUUCGACAUCUUUGAAGAUGAAGGGUUAACUACGCAGGGCGGCAGUGGCGUAUUUGGGAUCUCUAGUGAGCCUUACAUGAAGUAUGUCUGGAACGGCGAACUUCUGGAUAUAAUUAAAAACAGCGUGCAUCGCGACUGGCUACUGUAUAUCAUUCAUGGGUUCUGCGGGCAGUCAAAGCUUCUGAUCUAUGGACGACCAGUGUAUGUGACCCUAAUAGCCAGAAGAUCCAGUAGGUUUGCUGGGACGCGCUUUCUCAAGAGAGGUGCAAACUGUGAGGGAGAUGUUGCCAACGAGGUGGAGACGGAGCAGAUCCUCUGUGAUGCCUCGGUGAUGUCUUUUACCGCAGGCAGUUACUCUUCUUACGUACAAGUCAGAGGCUCUGUUCCCUUAUUCUGGUCCCAAGACAUCUCAACCAUGAUGCCGAAACCACCCAUUACACUGGACCAGGCAGAUCCCUUCGCACACAUAGCCGCUCUUCACUUUGACCAGAUGCUGCAGAGGUUUGGCUCCCCCAUCAUCAUCCUGAACUUAGUGAAGGAGAGAGAGAAGAGAAAGCACGAAAGGAUUCUGAGCGAGGAGCUGGUGGCCGCGGUUACUUACCUUAACCAGUUCCUGCCCCCGGAGCACAGCAUUGUAUACAUUCCCUGGGAUAUGGCCAAGUACACCAAGAGUAAGCUGUGUAACGUUCUCGAUCGUCUGAACGUGAUUGCAGAAAGCGUGGUAAAGAAGACAGGCUUCUUCGUCAACCGCCCUGAUUCUUACUGCAGCGUUUUACGGCCAGAUGAGAAGUGGAACGAACUAGGAGGUCGUGUGAUUCCCACUGGUCGGCUCCAGACCGGCAUCCUUCGAACCAACUGCGUGGACUGUUUGGAUCGUACCAACACGGCGCAGUUCAUGGUGGGCAAGUGCGCCCUGGCUUACCAGCUGUACUCCUUAGGGCUGAUUGACAAGCCCAACCUGCAGUUCGAUACGGACGCAGUGAGGUUAUUUGAGGAACUCUAUGAAGACCAUGGAGACACCCUUUCCCUGCAGUACGGAGGCUCUCAGCUGGUUCAUCGGGUGAAGACCUACAGAAAGAUAGCGCCGUGGACCCAGCACUCCAAGGACAUCAUGCAGACGCUGUCUCGGUACUACAGCAAUGCCUUUUCAGAUGCGGACAGACAAGAUUCCAUCAACCUGUUCUUGGGUGUUUUCCACCCCACAGAAGGGAAACCUCAUCUCUGGGAACUUCCCACGGACUUUUACCUGCAUCACAAAAACACCAUGAGCCUUUUACCCCCCAAAAGGAGUUAUACUCACUGGUGGACACCAGAGGUGGUGAAGCAUUUGCCGCUGCCUUACGACGAAGUUAUCUGUGCUGCAAACUUAAAGAAGUUGACGGUGAAGAAGUUUCACAGAUGGGAAGAGGAGAUUGAUAUUCACAAUGAGUUCUUCCGGCCGUAUGAAUUGAGUAGUUUUGAUGACACCUUUUGCCUGGCCAUGACAAGUUCAGCACGUGAUUUUAUGCCUAAAACUAUUGGCAUUGACCCAAGUCCAUUCACCGUGCGAAAACCAGACGAAACCGGGAAAUCUGUACUGGGGAACAAAAGCAACAGAGAGGAGGCCGUCCUGCAACGGAAAACGGCAGCCAGCGCCCCGCCACCCCCCAGCGAGGAGGCCGUGUCCAGCAGCUCCGAGGACGACUCUGGUACUGACCGGGAAGACGAAGGUUCCAUCUCGCAGCGAUCCACUCCUGUGAAGAUGACUGACACCGGAGACAGCGCCAAAGUGACUGAGAGUGUGGCCCAACCCAUGAAGGAAGUGUACGGAGUUAGCCUCUCACGUAGCCUGUCCGAGGAGGAUCACUCCAUUUAUGCCAGGUUUGUUCAACUGGGGCAGAGUCAGCAUAGACAGGACUGGAGCAGCCCGCAGAUGUGUGCCCGGUGCUCAGACGGAGUUAUCAAACUAACCCCCAUCUCAGCUUUCUCGCAAGACAACAUUUAUGAAGUUCAGCCCCCGAGAGUAGACAGAAAGUCCACAGAGAUCUUCCAGGCCCACAUCCAGGCCAGCCAAGGUAUCAUGCAGCCCCUUGGCAAAGAGGACACUGCCAUAUACCGGGAGUACAUCAGAAACCGCUACUUAUAACGACGGCCCCGAGGACAGUGGGGUUAGCUUCUUUUCAGUGUUGUCUGCGAGAAGGAAUUCCCAGGACCUGGAGAUGCAGCUCAGUAGUAAAGGACACGUACUUCCAGAGGCUCGGAACCUGGUCCCCAGCACCCGUAUCACAACCUUCGGUAACUCCAGCUACAAAGAAUCCAAUGUUGUCUUCUGUAUUUUGUACACACCUAUACUCAAGUGGGUGCCUGUGUGUGUACACCCAUGCACAGGCGAACAUGCAUAUGCGUGCACAUGCUUGCACACACACACACACACACACUAAAAAUACUAGAAGUGAAAUCCUUAAUAACCAAUUCAUCCAAAUCAUGGAUCUGAAGCUUUUCACCCCUUUGAACCAUGCAAAUUACUAACUACAGGUAAUAAAGAAGUGUCUGCCUCUG